AUGAAGUCCUUCUUUGCCCUGCCCGGAUCUGUUAUCGAGCAUAAGACCAUGGGAUCGAAUAUUAUUACCAAGAUCUUUGAUUUUCCAUCGGCCGAGGUACCACAGAUGAUAACACACUUUGAUCAGUUGAUGAAUACCUUCAUUACGCAGCUGACGAAAGGCCCGGGCUUUGACCGGUCGUGGAUUAAGCUCUUGGCAGAUAUAGAAGAAAUAGUGCCAUCUAUUGUCACGCCGUCUCCGGGUCACAAGGGCUUGCGGAGCUGGGAGCGUACCGCCAAUAUCAAGGUCCAACCUAACGGGACAAUAGAGGCAGAUCUUUUCCCUCUCGUCCGGAACUGCGUGGGCUCGUUAAGCUCGAAGGAAAUGAUGGGGCAUGUCUUCGUCGAUUCCCACCCGGACUUCCUGGAGGAUAUCUGGCAGGUAGACGCCAACAUCAUGGGGUUUGUCUUUGGCAUGCCGAGUUGGCUACCAUGGAUUGCGAGAGCCCGGAAAUCCCGAACACGCAUCUUGGAGAAGUUGAUUGCAUGGCACACAGAGAUGGAAGCCGUUGGCCCGGUGGCCGACUCGGAUGCGGAUUGUGCGCCGUUUGGGGACGUCAGUGACUUGAUGAAACAACGGCAGAAAAUCUGGUCUGCGCGAAGAUUCUCGAUGAAAGCCCGAGCUGCUGUAGACUUGUCCAUAUUAUGGGCUGGCCACAUUCCACGAGCAUAUAAGUCGCCGAAGAAGUCUAACGAAGGUGACGAGAAUAGACUUAAUGCCAAUUCUAACUCGACAGUGUACUGGAUGUUGCGAAACAUCUAUGCUACCCCUGGCCUCCUGGAGGAUGUCCGCCGGGAGAUUGCCCCUGCCUGUUUAACUACAAACGACAUGUUGCAGAUCGACUGGAAGAGACUUCUGAACAACAGUCCUCUUUUCAAGUCUUGCUACUUCGAAACUCUUCGUAUUGACUCAGCCUCUUGGUCCUUCAAACGCCUCCAGAAAGAUUGUAUUUUACAGGAAGCUGGAGAGGACGCCCGUCCGCCCAUAGCAAAAGGCAAGCCAACAACAUUCCACAUGCAAAAGGGUGAUGCGGUACUUGUCCCUUCUGAUCUACACCAUACCGAUGGGCGGUACUUUCCAAAUCCAUCGGAGUUCCGUCCAGAGCGUUUCUUCGUGAACGCAGAUGAUGGCCAUGUCCAGUCAGAAAUAAAGUCCAUCCGGCCAUAUGGAGGAGGUGCAACGAUGUGCAAAGGACGGUUUCUCGCAGAGCGCGAAGUCCUAGCAUUUGUGGCUGCCAUGUUAACCUGCUGGGAUUUGGAGCCGGUCAAGGGUAGCUCAUGGGAUAUGGACAGUAGGGCCAAGACAAGCGGUGUCUCCAGCCCAAAGGAUAACUUGAGAGUUAAUCUGAAAAGAAGGGUCACCUAG